AUGCCAGAGGGUAAAGGUUCAGUGUCAAUAAACUUCGAAGAAGCUUCGCUUAAGCUAAAAAAACUCUCGAGCAUUUUCAAAAGACCAGAAGAUGAUAAAAUCGACCUAUUAUUCGUGUGCACAGGAAAAUCUCGUUCUGAAUCAAAUUCGACAACCUCAGAACUUUUACAGUUAUGGCUGACAGGAUUCCAAUUCCCUGAAACAGUAAUGGUUUUUGCAUCAGAUGGCACACUAUCAAUUCUAACUUCGCCUAAAAAAGUUAUACCCACUCUUUAUCUGAAUUUUGUGAUGUUCUGUUUAGGGAACUAUUUGGAACCCCUGAAAAACCACUACGAAAAGGUUAAAUUCUACAACAGAGUGCCAGGACAAAAUGACGAACCCUCACUGACCAAGAUCUUUGAAUCGUUUAACGGCGUGGUUGGAAUGCUGAACGACCCGAAACCGUUGGGAGACUUUUCAGACUUUUGCCUUGACUUUGUCAAGGAUUUCACAAGGAAAGAUGUAACGGUUGAAGUGUCAACGAUCAUGGCAGUAAGAACAGAAGUAGAUCUGGAAAUCCAAAAGCAAUCAUCACAAUUAUCAUGUGGAGUGAUGAAAACCAUGUUAAUUAAUCAAAUAGAAGAAGUGUUGGACUCAGAGUCAAAGAAGACACACUCUUCACUAGUAGCACAUGCACUGAAUAUACAAAAGGAUCAAAAGUUUAUAGAAAAAAUGGAAAAAAAGUUCAACAUGGUUGGCAGUGAUAUGGAGGUGAUAUAUGGAAACGUGCAGAGUGGAAGUAAUUAUUUAUUGUCAAUUGGAGCGAAACCAACUGACGAUGAUCUCUCACACGACCCAGGCACAAUUAUCGUCUCAGUGUGCUCAAAAUAUAACGAAAUGUGUUCAUGCCUAACGAGAACAUUGAUAUUGGAUGGAACACAGUAUAUGAAAGACGCGUAUAAGCUGGCACUGAAGGUUUUCGAGUAUGCAUUGACAGUGCUGAAACCAGGAGUGACCUUUGGUUCAGUAUACUCCAGUGUCUAUGACUUUGUCGCGAAGGAGAAACCAGGACAUGAAGAUUACUUAACAAAGUCAGUUGGACAUACAAUAGGACUUGAAUUCAAAGAUUCAAACUUCCUCCUCACAUCCAAUAACACAAAUUUGGUGCUUGAUAAUAUGGUAUUUCACCUGAGUGUUGGGUUUCUGGAAAUACACGAAGGGAAAAAGUUUGCGGUCUGGAUUGCAGACACGGUGCACGUUUCAAGUUCAGGAAACACAGUGCUGACGUCGUUUGUGAGUAAAGGGUUGGAAAACGUGUCUUACGAACUAGAAGAAGAGGAAGAGGAAGUGAAGUACGAGGAAGAAGAGGAGAAAAAACCAGUAGUGUCAUCACAAAUACUAAAAGAUGCCGAAUCCGUGAUACUAAAAGAAAGAUUGAGGAACAGAGGUGGAGUGAGUAAAGAGGAGAUGGAAAAUUUGCUGGCACACCAGAAAAAGCUGAGAGAACUUAAGAUUGAAGAAAUAACAAGACGAGUGAAAGAUGGAUCAGGCUUAGCAGGAGACUCAAAACAAAAACAAGUAGUGAAAAUGGAUAAAAUCAAGGUCUUUCAAAGCCCAGAUUACUUCUCAAAUGAAUUAACACCAAACAAAAUAUUCGUUGAUUGGAGAAAUGAAGUGGUGAUGUUGCCAGUGAAUGGAUACCACCUGCCAUUUUCAGUGAUGAUGAUCAAGAACGUGACGUGUAACCCAGAAAAUAAUAACCUAUACAUGCUGAGAAUUAACUUCCAAGUGCCGGGCUCACACACAUAUACGUCGAGAAAUGAUCAGAACCCACUCCCAGACCUACAGCAAGAAAACUCAAUAUUCAUCAAAGAAGUUUUAUAUAAAUCGAAAGAUGUAAAACAUUUGCAAAACGUAUUUAAGAGUUUGAAGGAACUAAUCAAACAGAUGAAACAAAGAGAGAAUGAUGAUAUGGGAUUAACAUUGGCAGACCAAGAAAAGUUAAACUUAAAUAGAACGGGAAAGAGAAUAGUUCUGAAGGAUCUCAUGAUCAGACCAUCAGUUCACGGAUCAAGACGUGUCUUGGGAUUUCUAGAAGCACAUCAUAAUGGAUUAAGGUACUUGGUGAACUCUAGAGAUAGAGUUGACAGCGUUGACAUAUCAUACGCUAAUGUGCGCCACGCAAUAUUCCAGCCCUGCCAAAGAGAACUGAUAGUGCUCCUGCAUUUCCACCUAAAGUCCCCAAUUCUCGUGGGCAAGAAGAAGACCUUGGAUGUGCAGUUCUUCUCAGAAGUCGGGACACAAAUAGAUGAUUUGGAUAACAGAAGAGGAAGAUCAUAUAACGACCCAGAUGAAACGCUGGAAGAAAUGAGAGAAAGAGAACUCAAAAGAAAGUUCAACACUGAUUUUAAGCAAUUCGUAUCACAACUCAAGGAUCUAACAUCAAUGAAAGUUGAUUUACCAAUAAGAGAAUUGAUGUUUACUGGAGUACCACUGAAAUCUAAUGUAGAACUAUUGCCAACAGUGAACUGUCUAGUACACUUGGUGGAGUGGCCACCGUUUGUGCUGCCACUCACUGAUAUUGAAAUCGUGUCGCUGGAAAGAGUGCAACACGGACUUAGAAAUUUCGACAUCGUCUUCGUCAAUAGGGAUUACUCAAAGCCAAUCAAAAGAGUGGAUCUAGUCCCAAUAGAAUACCUAGAUACAAUCAAGAGAUGGCUGAAUGAGCUGGAUAUUGUGUGGUACGAGGGAAAGAAUAACCUCCAGUGGACAAAUAUACUCAAGACAAUACUGGAGGACGUAGAGGCGUUUGUGGAGAGCGGAGGAUUUGACGGAUUCCUCGGAGAAGGAGAAGACGAGGAGGAUUCAGGAGAGGAGGAAGAUGAUGAAGAUGAGGAGUACAAAGAUGAUGAAAGUGAUGAAGAAGAAGAGGAAAGUGAAGAGGAAUAUAGUGAGUCACUGGCAGAUGAAGAUGAGGAUGACGAAGAGGAAUAUGAAGAGGAGGAAGAUGAAGGGCUCUCAUGGGAUGAGUUGGAGGAAAGAGCUAAGAAAGCGGAUGCAGGGAAAGUCUACGAUGAUAGAAAAGCUAAACGUAGAAAGUGA